AUGGCCGACCAAAUCGAAAUGCGUGAUCGUAUGACCGCUAUGGAAAAUCAACUCCAGCAGUUGCUCACCUCUAUGCAACUUAUGACAGAUCAAAUGCAAUCCCUCCAAAUGAAUCAGACUCUUGCAUCCGCUCUCCCCGAGAUAGUAGUCCCAAAGCAGACGAACAAGGCCCAAAUAGGUGAUGAUGACAUGCCGGAACUGGAGGAUGACCCACUGUUCGUCACAGCUGAAAAGGCUAAGCCCGACAAUGUCCCUAAGGCGGAGCAAGAUGAACGCUUCGCCAAACUUGAAGAGAAGCUGAAACAAUUGCAAGAAUCGCGGAAUUCACUCCCGUUCGACUUGUCGGUUUAUGAGAAAGUCAAAGUGCCGAAAAAGUUUAAGAUGCCGGAGUUCGAGAAAUACGAUGGUACUUCCUGUCCAAAGGCUCAUUUGCAGAUGUACCACGUACGCAUGGCCCAAUACGUCAAGAACGAGCCUCUCAUGAUCCAAUCGUUUCAUGCAAGUUUGACUGGGCCCGCACUCAACUGGUACAUAAUGAAGAAUGUAAACCUUCUCGACACCUGGAAUGAAGUGGCUGACGCUUUCCUAAAGCAGUAUAAGUUCAACAUGGACAUUGCGCCUUCCCGAGAUGAUCUUGAGUGGAUGGAGAAGAAGAAAAAUGAGUCAUUUAAGGAGUAUGCUGUAAGGUGGCGAAACUUGGCAGCUCAAGUCACUCAUGAGCCUACAAACAAGGAGUUGAUGAAGUUGUUCGUCAAAACUCUCCCGUAUGAGUUCCGUAACCGGAUGGCUAGCACAUACGUUGAGAACUUCAACCAACUUAUCCCAGUGGGUGAACAGAUCGAAAUGGGGCUAAGGGAUGGAUGGUUCAAUGAACCGACUCAUCAAGGCAAAAGGUUCACCAUGAAAAAAGAUAAAGAACCGAUCACUGAAGUCAAUGUUGCAUAUGCCCAACCAGCCCCUAGUAAGCCUCCGAUGGUUCGUAUCCUCGGGAAUCGCAAGAUGGAGGCCGAGUGCCCGCACCGGCAAUUCACCAAAAGGCAGUUCUCUCCUCUUCCCGGCCCUCUAUCUCGGUCUUGCCGAUACUCCGAAACAAGGGAUUGA